AUGGGUUCUCAACAGAACCGACCGGACCCUACAGCUGCCAUCCAGAAGGAGGACCGUCUCCGACGCUUGUACGGAAGGGCCCCGGCUAGAUCGGAUCUUCUGCACAACCAGCUGCAGAGGAAGUAUUUCGACUCUGGCGAUUACGCAAUGCAAGAUGCGCACAAGUCAUCCAGCAUGGGAUCGGUCCAGACAGGCACAGAGCACCCGCUCCGCAGGAACAUUUCUCACCCGUCGGCGCCUGUGCCAACCUCUAGCAAUGUCGAGGAUAACGCGGGGGACAGGCAUCAAGAUGCACCCAAGGAAGCUAGCAGUUCGAAUCAAAUGAGCCACUUGCGCGAGCAGACGGACAAGGACACGCCUAACGCAAAUUGGGAUGGGCAACAAGCAUGUUGA